AGUAUUUUUGGAUUUAAUGUGUUUCUUCCUUGUGAAUACUUCCUUGUGUUGCAAAUAAAUAAUUACCAAUUAGCGAAUUGUAUGUCUUAUUAAUAUUUAUUAAAAAUUAAAGUAUAUUGACUUGAGGAGAGAAUUUACUGACUUAAAAUAUCACGAAAAUAAAGACGUGUCAAUAGAUAGUUUGGCUAUGGCAGAUAUACAGUAUAUAUUGCAUCCACUCCCAGGAACUGAUGAGCAAUUUAUGGAGAGACUGCGGGAGGCCUCCGAUAAAAUAAAUAAAGUGGGAUAUGCCAACUCUCCAAUUUUUGGUGUUUUAAAAACAGAAGUCAAAGAAAUUGUUAUUGGACCAGCUCAUAUUGGUAUUUUACUGGAAGAUGGUCGAGCUUUUCGCGUUGCUUUUUAUAUCAAUUCAGAUCAACUUGACUUGAGCAACACAGAGACUAACAAAAGUUCUGCGAGUAGUUCUAACAGCUGUACUAAUGGAAAUUCAAAAAGCACAUUGAACAUUUCUUCAAGACAAAUUUCGAGGUCAAAAUCGAAACUUUUAAGAACUGGAAGUCGAUCAACGUUAAGUGGACAAGGAUCUAGGAGUUCUGGUGUUAUUAUAGGAGGAAGUUCAACUCGGCCCCUUGUUACAGUUCCAGCUCCUUUUGUGCCGGAAGAAUUGAUUUCACAAGCUGAAGUUGUUCUACAAGGAAAGAGUAGAAGUCUUAUCGUUCGUGAACUUCAGCGUACAAAUCUGGAUGUUAACUUAGCCGUUAAUAAUUUACUCUCUCGCGACGAUGAAGAAGCAGACGAUGCUGAUCAAGCAGGUGAUAAUUACGCUCCAGACGAUUUGAUCUCGCUGUUAGAUAACGGUUUUCAAACGGAUAGUAGUAAUGUUAUAGUCGACCCUGCAGAUGGUCUGUUUUCAGAAGAAAUUUUUAGCAACUAUUCCAGUAUAAGAAAUUUGUUGUUUAACCGUAUACGCAGUGAAAGGAAUCAAGUUAAUUCUGGAAAUUUGGACAAUACUAUCAGUUCUUUAAGAGCAAAUGCUGUUUCAACGCCAGGAAAUACAUUGUCUGGCGGUAGCAAUAUUUCAGGACCAACUACUACAGUAAAUGCAGACUCGUUUAGCAGAUGGAGGGACAGGCAGUGUUACGGACAGCGCCGGUGGUUUCCAAGAGACGAUACAAUUUGGGAAAAAGACAUAGAUGGAAAGCGAACCACGUCCCUUAUUGGAAAUAAUUCGCCAAUGUGGAUAUCCGAAGAACUUCAACAAUGGCCAGAAAGAGAAGGUUCUAUCCGUUUUCAAAAAAUUGCAUCUCUAUUUUCAGAAUUCAUUGGUCUUUCCGAUUCCGGAGACUUGCACCAAUGGCGAUGGUCUGAGUGUGAAACUUUUAAAUCAGAUGUACAGAAUGUUUACCACCCCAAAACAUUGUCAUUAAACAUAAAUGAAAAAAUUACAAAAAUCUCUUCGCACUCUAUUCGGUGCACUGUAGCAACUGAGACAAACCGGGUUGCUACAUGGAUGGACGAACAUUUAGGAAAUCAUGGGCUUAAAUUUGAACACGGUUUGCAGAAUUAUCCUGAAAUAUCUUCAGAAGGAAUUUAUUCUUUACACACAUCGGCCAUAUUUACUGUUGUUCGAAGCAUGGCUCAAAAUUUAUAUUGGUGGGGUAUAUUACCAUUUGAACAAAGGCGCAGUUUAUGGGAUCGAUUCAGAACAAAGGCCAAAAAACCAGUUAAAUUAAUGCAUGAAGAAAUUACUGUUGGGGCCCAAGUUGUAAUGAAAAAGUGUCCGAUUUAUCAGACAGGUUCCAUCGGAUUUUCUUGUUUAAAUGGAAUACCCAAAGUCGGCCAACUUAUGAAUUCAGUUUGGGAUUUUUCUGAUGUUUGUAGAUUUAAGUUAUUAACGCUCACGCCGUCUUAUCAGGAGAAGAUGAAUUAUAGUCAGCAUGAAAAAGAUUCAAUAAAUGUAAAUCAAACUCUUAACAAUAAGUCAGUCAUAACACCAAGUAAAAAAGAAUCAACAGAUCGAUUAGAUAUGCCACCUCCACCUUCACCUGCAUCAAGUACAUGCAGUGAUAACGGAAAUACAACAACAUUGAAGAGAACUAAACGUGUGAUUCCUAAAGAUGAUUUAGAAAUCAAAAAGGAUGAGGAGUUUUGGCUUUUAAAAGAUGUAGUUUUUGUUGAAGACAGAAAUGGACCAAUUGGAAAAAUUCUUAAAGUGGACGGUGAUUAUGUUGCUGUAAGGUUCGGAAUAAUUGGAUCAAAUACCGAAGCGCAAGAUGAAGAUUGGCAACAAUGUCGGUUAUUAAAAAAAGAUGAUGUGCAAGUGAUCAAAUCAUUUGUUAAUCCUAGAGGACCGGAUUGCUAUCAAAAAACUCCAAAAAGAAUUAAUAUUACAUCAAAUGCAGAUGCCAACAGCUGUCAUUUAUUGGCGCUUGCUGUUGAUACUAAGGGCGUUCACACAAUCUCGAAAAUAUCUUCGAAAUUGUACUACAACGUUUUUAACUUACAUAACAACAAACAAGAACAUAGCAGUAUUUUUCCCACCGACUGCAAUGUGUUUUUGGGACAAUCCCAGAGUAAUAUUGCUCUUUAUUUAUGUGAUGAUUCCAAUGAUACCUGGACUGUAAUACUAACAGAUGGUAACCGCACGAUUUAUCCUUUUGUUAAGGACUGUAACGGUGACUUGAAAGAUCCACAAUGGUUAAGUCUCCCUCCAAUACGUACUAUUGCCAUGACAAUUGUAUCACUUCCAAUAGUUGGAAUAAAUCUUAAAUCGAAAGUGUGCAUGGUUAUAAUGUUUUUGGAAAAGCAGUAUUUAAUGCCUUCUAUAUUAAGAUGUGACCUUAAGAGUGUUGUAAUUUUUCUUAGCCAGCUCGAAUGUGAGCAACAUAAUCUACUAUCACACGCACUUAAAGAAAAAUGUGACGCAGGGCGCAAUAUUGUGCAUGCAUGUGCUGCCUUGUGCGCACCAAUAUCCAACAAAAUGGUAGAUGACUCCACAAACUUAUCAUUUAAAAAUUCAGCCUCUAGUAGUUCUCCUGACAUGGAAAGUUCAACUAUCAAUACAAGAGAAGGAUGUACUAUAAGCUUACGUGAAAUGAUGAAUCGUUUGGUAAAUACGGAGACCGAUAGCAGAAAUACUAAUAUUCACAUUUCAGGUCCUGACGAAGGAUAUUUUCCUAUGUCGUUCUGGCAAUCUGAGUACGAAGGUAAUUCUGUCGAAGAAGAUUUUUCAAGUACGAACUAUAAAACAAAUGGAAACAAAGUAAAUAUGCCGAUAUACAUAACUGAUCCAAUCCAGAGAAGGGAACAAUCUGCUUUAAUUUUACAACAAAUUUGCCUCAACCCUUUUUUAAGACCACAUUUGCACUUACUUUUAAGUUCUAAAGAUGCAGAAGGACUGACACCUUUAAUGUUGUCAGUGACAAAUAGAGCAUACGAUGCUGGAUUGAUUUUGUUCAAUGCAAUAUUAUCUAUCUCAAAAGAAAAUAGUACAAUGAAGGAGUCGAUGGUAUUUCCUGUUGGCUCGUCUGUAGAUAAAUCUCCUCUUCAUGUAAUUUGCUAUAACGAUACUUGUUCCUUUACAUGGACGGGGGCCGAUCAUAUAAAUCAAAAUAUAUUUGAAUGCAAAACAUGUGGUUUGACUGGUUCAUUGUGUUGUUGCACUGAAUGCGCUCGUGUUUGUCAUAAAGGUCAUGAUUGCAAAUUAAAACGUACUUCUCCUACAGCUUACUGUGAUUGUUGGGAAAAAUGCAAAUGCAAAGCAUUGAUUGCAGGAAAUCAGACGAAAAGAUUUUCUCUACUUUGCAAGCUUAUAUCAAACACUGACCUAGUAACAAAAUUUAACAGUAGAGGUGAGUCGAUACUUUUAUUCCUUAUUCAGACAGUUGGACGCCAAUCCAUUGAACAAAAGCAAUACAAAGUUUGCAAUAGAUCACGAAGCUCUACAGGCAACAAUAGAAAAAUACAAACAUCUGAUAUGGAUCCUGAAAUGCCAGAGCAUGAUUUAGAGCCUCCUAGAUUUGCGAAAAAAGCCCUUGAGCGAAUGCUUGAUGACUGGCAAGCUGUUAAGUCAAUGAUUAUGACAGGUGCCGAAGACAUGACUCAAUUUGAAAAAGUAAAAAAUCAUGAAAACCUUGAAGGUAGCUCUAUAAAAUACUUGAAAUCUCAAAGUGGAUCUACUCUGCUUGAUAAAUUUACACAUAAUUUAUUUGUCAAGUGUUGCCCAGAGCAUCUUGAUGUUCUCAUAUCUACCCUAGUACGACAAAUUCAAAACACAUCUAAUUCUAUUGCAAACACUGAGUCAAAGUCAAUUGCUAGACGAUUUGUAAGAUCAGUAGCAAGAGUUUUCAUAAUAUUUAAUCUGGAAAAAUCUCCAUCUGCUGAAAGAAGAAAAAACAAUGCGUCACAAAGCAAACAUAUUCAAAAUUGCAUUAAAGUAUUUCAAGCCCUUCAUAUCAUAUCAAUUGAAGAACUGUGUGAGGUUGCUGAUGCUUUAAUUGCUCCGGUUCGAUUAGGAGUUGUAAGACCUACUGCACCUUUCACAAUGUCAACAUCAAAUUUAGAUAGUUCCGAAGACAUAUUCAGCGUAGAACCAUUAGGGCUAAGUACAGGAACGAUAAGAUCUUUAUCCGAAGACACCACUGGAGUAGCUAAUACAAGUAUGGACCUUGGGCUGAACUAUGGAGUGUUACAAGUUGAAGAUAAUAACGAUAUAGAAGCAACCACCGCUAAUCCAGAUAUGAAUACAAACAGGCUGCGAACGAAUUCUCAGAUUGAAAUCAGUUCCGAAAACCUACGAAAUGACGAUGUGGCCGAAGAUGAGAGUGAUAAUGAGUUCAAUUUUAACGAUGCGGAAACAGAAUCAGAUUCCGAUGAUAAUCAUAGUACCCAAGGUGCUCAAAGAAUUGCUCAGACUGGAGCAAUUGUUGGUUCUGAAACAGAAGACGAAUCAGGUGAUUCCUCUCCUCCGGACGAAGAUGGUUCUGACGAUGGUGAAACAGACGAAAAUUCUGAUGAAGGUUAUACAUUCAUUGACAGUCAACUAGAAAGGAGAGCUACUGGUAAUAGUUCUAAAGGAAACGCAUCUUCAUCGUCUAUGCACUGGGCAAUUCGUAAUAGAGACCAAUCUGGGCGGUCUUCUGUGCGUGUGCCUACUGGUUCAGGGUUAGUGUUCAUUGAUCCUCUUGCCUUACGGCGUACGGCAAUCCCAACUUCAACUGCUCCAAGUAAUUUGCAAGAACCACAUUCUAUGGCUACCACGGCAAGCAGCUUAGCACGUGCUUUUGGAAUAAUAAUGCGCCAAAUAUCGGACUUAUUUUACUCAAUUACAUUAAAUCUUAACCAAGAUAUCGAAAAUCGAGUCAAAGUGACGUACGCAGAAUCAGUUGAUGCCCAAUCAUUUUUAGAAACCAGACUCAAACAAACAUGGAAUUGGGUAUUUUCUGUUAUGGAUGGUACCGAAGCGCAACUCAAAUUUGGAGCUAAUUUAACCAACACAACAGACCAAUCUCAUUCCUUACCGACAAUGAACUCAAAUAACCAAAACACAAAUCAAGGAAAUAUUGGUAUUAACAUAUUAGGGUCUACAUCAUCGCGACGUGAAUUUUUUACCUAUUGUCUCUCAUUGAUGCGUGCACAUACUUCAGAACACAGGGAUUCCUUACCCGUUUUAGACAUAACAGCAUUGCGUCAUAUAGCUUAUGUGCUGGAUGGCAUAAUAUUUUAUAUGAGAAAUGAAAAUUCAGAUAAAUUUGACACAAAUUCAGAAAAGCAAACCUGUGAACCUAACGCUAAUGAACAAGCCAAAAAUGACUCAAAUCAACUAUUGCAAGAAGAUCCCAUUAUUGAAUAUGACUUGCAAGGGGAAAAUACUUCUGAAAAGAGGUAUCAAUUUUUUAAAAGAUCUGAUUCUACUCUAAGCCUUGGAUGUUGUGCUCCAGACCCAUUUGCGUUACCACUAGAAAUGGCGCUUCCUUUAGCGGACAAACCGCAUUUGCUGCAAACGAAUUCGAAAAGAGAGGAUCUAUUUUCAAAUUUCCCCUUGCAAUUUUUAUCUAACAAACCUGCAGGUACAAGUGGAGUUUCCUUUUUGGAAAUACCACCUUUACGCUUAGGUCUUUCUUCACACAGUAAAAAGCAUGAGUUCAUAGACGAUGAAAUGUACAAAAGCAAGAAACGAUCUGCAUCUCCUUGUAUUUCUCCUUCUUUGGAAGAAUCGGAUGCAUUUAAAAUAGAUAGUUCCGCAAACUUAUAUAUCCAGUUGAAAAAGAAAAGCCAUCUUGAACAAUACGAAGGAGAUAUUGCCUCACAUAAUAUUGAGAGUUCACCUCCAAAACAGGGAAAGGGUGUUUUGAAAAUUGAUGAAAUAAAUUCGAGAUCUAACGAUGAAUUUUUAGGUGAACCUACUGCCGACACUUCAAUUCGACCAGAAGUUAUUGUCCAAACAAGAACUGUUUUUUCAGGGAGUCAAACAUCUAACAUUUUAAAACAGGGUGCAAGAAGUGUAAUUGUGCGUGCAGGACCAACCAAACCAUCGAAUUCAAAAGAUUUUCAAAAGGAAAUAGAUAAUCGCCAUAAAAAAAAUUCAACCCAGAUAUUCCAAACACUAAGACAAAAUGUCAAGCCGCCAACAUGGAAUGUAUUACUUGGCAGGUGGAAACAUUCACUAGAUUUAUUUGGACGCGUUUUUAUGGACGAUGUCGGACUAGAAUACGGCUCAAUUUUCCCUGAAAUUAGGGGAUUUCCUGUUAAAGAAACAAGAUUCAGGCGUCAAAUGGAAAAACUUCGGAAUGGACAGCAGCGGGAUCUAGUUUUAUCUAAACUUGAACGUAGUCGAGAUAGUCUUAUCACACAGACUUUUAAAGAACUUAACACUCAAUUUGGAACACAAAAUCGAAGAGUUUAUCCGCCAUUAACAUUCAAUAGAGUCAAGGUUACGUUUAAAGAAGAACCAGGAGAAGGAUCAGGUGUGGCCCGCAGUUUUUAUACUUCAAUAGCAGAAGCAUUAUUAGUCAAUGAAAAACUUCCGAAUUUAGAAGUUUCUCAAAUAGGGUCUUCAAAUAAAUAUGGCUUACCUUUUUCAAGUAUAUUGAGAAAUCGCAGCUUGAUAGGAAGAGAUUCAUCGUUGCAACGGAAAGGAAGUGGGAAUAAAAUUCUAUGGAGAAGUAACAAAGAAAAAAAAGCCCUGAACUAUUCCGCUAAACCGUUUGCAAGUAGCGUUCUUGAUUCCACAAGUUCAUCUACCACCAAUAAUGAGCACCUCUCAGUACAUCUUCAGCAACUUGGAGAGCGAUUGUAUCCAAAAAUUGCUGCAAUAACAGGUACUCACGCUUCAAAAAUUACGGGAAUGUUGUUGGAAACGCCUCCAGCUCAGCUUCUAGUAAUUCUUUCGUCUGAAGAUACUCUGAGGCAAAAAGUAAGCGAAGCUUUGGAUGUGAUAUUAAACAAGCAUAAAUCUGAAUCAGAAUCAAAAAAAAAUGUGCCUAUCGUCUUGCUGGAGCAAAUUGAAGAUAACGAUCCACUCUUUUAUUCUCCGGGCAAAAGAGGAUUUUACAGUCCCAGACAAGGAUAUGCAUCUUUUGAACGAAUUAAUGCCUUUCGUAAUGUUGGGAGAUUAAUUGGAAUAUGUUUGUUGCAAAAUGAAUUAUUUCCACUAUAUUUACAACGACAUGUUUUGAAAUAUAUAUUGGGAAGACAAACCAGGUUCCAUGAUUUAGCAUUUUUUGAUCCCGUUGUUUACGAAUCUUUGCGCCAACUAAUACAUGGAUCUCAUACGGAUGGAUGCGAUGUACUAAACAAAUUAGAUUUAUGUUUUGUAAUCGAUUUGAUUAAAGAAGAAGGUGGCGGGACGGUUGAAUUAGUUCCAAAUGGAAAAGCCGUUCAAGUUACGGCUUCUAAUAUUCAUAGUUACGUUCGUCUAUACGCUGAAUAUAGAUUGAUAAGGUCCCAGGAGAAAGCCCUUGAAGCUCUGAAAUCCGGUGUUUUUGAUGUGGUACCAGAGUGUUCACUAGAUUCUUUAACUUCUGAAGACCUGAGACUACUUUUAAACGGUGUUGGUGAUAUAAACGUCAGCACACUUAUCUCAUACACAUCAUUUAAUGACGAAUCCAGUGAAAAUUCAGAAAAAAUUUUAAGAUUCAAAAAAUGGUUUUGGUGUAUUGUUGAAAAAAUGAACACAACUGAGCGGCAGGAUCUUCUCUAUUUUUGGACCGGAUCCCCAGCUCUUCCAGCUUCAGAAGAAGGUUUUCAACCUCUGCCCUCUAUUACUAUUAGACCAGCAGAUGACUACCAUUUGCCCACAGCCAACACUUGUAUAUCUAGGUUGUACAUCCCAUUGUAUUCCAACAAGACAAUAUUACGUACAAAACUACUUUUGGCGAUAAAAUCAAAAAAUUUUGGCUUUGUUUAAACCAAAUGAAUAUUAUAUAAUUAAUUGAAAGGUCAUAAAUUUUACUUAAACUUUAUUAAGUAAGUGUUGCCCCUCCUUUGUAAUAAAAAAAAUUGCUUUAUAGUAAAAUCAAAAAUAAAAAUAUGGAAAUUGUCAUUGUCAAAAAAA